AUGGCGCUUACUCUGGGAUUCCGCGAACAAGCUUUGACCAUCCUGGAAGCCUUAGAUAAGGAUGCAACAAAGGGUGGCAAGUACCGCCUAGCAGCAGCAGGGAAACGAAUAAACGCCAGAAUUACGGGGUGCUGGCUGGCGAUUGAAGAUGGGAACAGCCUGGCUAUUAAAAACGAGGUCAAUGGCACAUCGUGUAAGCUGACACUGGACACUGGAGCUUCUCGGACUGUUACCAGCUUUAGAAUAGCUAGUCGGUGUUUUGUGGACCACACUUACAACCAGGUAGGCACCAAUUUAGUAACAACCACCGGUCAGCACAUAUCCGUCCGAGGUGAAAAGAAAGUGGAGCUGAAACUCGGCAGUGAAGUUUAUCAGCACAAUGCCAUCGUGGCUGAUAUUGUUGACGACUGUAUCGUGGGCUUGGACUUCAUGAAAACACAUAGUUGCGAGAUCGACGUUAGACAAGGAGUGUUAAAAUGUAGUCCAGAGGAGAUCUCUAUGGAAGGUGCAUCAUUUGGCAAAGUGUACUGCUUAAAAAGGAGUAUCCUCACACCUAGGUCAGAAACGGUGGUGCCAGUCAGCUUACCACAGAAAUCAAACAGUAAGCCUCGAUGUGUUCUUACAGAAAGACUGGAUGAGGAAAUGUGA